AUUUUACUGGCUGCAGCUGGAUCUUCAUUGACAAUGUCUAGUCAGUUUUGAAGUGCGGACCAAGAUUUCAUGACGGAUGUAGAGCAGAAGGAUAUCGAGGUGGCCCGCGAAGAUCAAGAACGAAUCAACAAAUUUAGUCGUUUGAACAUGCGAUUUGAUGAGUUAGACGAGGAAAUCACUACGAUGAAGAGCGAGAUCCAGGCGUUCAAGGAUGCUGUAGAGGAAGUUGAAGGUUGUAUGGAAGCCGAUGGUAUUUUGAUGAAGAUUGGCGAGGCAUACACUUCUGUAGAUGAGGAUUCAGUGACGGAGAAGUUGACAAGGCUCAUCGACGACUCCGAGGCAUCUUUGUCCAAAAAAUCCGAUGAGAUUGAGCAUGUGAAAACAGAGCUGGACUCCUUGAAGAAGUUGCUCUAUGGAAAAUUCGGAACCAGUAUCAACCUGGAGAAAUAGCUCCGGAGUGGCAUGUAUCUUAAGCGCAUUUAUGCGCUAUGUACACUGUCUGUGACGUAGAAAAA